CGUGACGCGCGCGCCGGCCCGGGCACGCCCCCCGCGCCCCUCCCGGCGGCCGCUGGCGCUGGCCGGGCCGGCGCGAGGCUGUCAGUCGGGCUGUCGGUCUGUCAGGCAGCCGGGCGCCGCCGCGCGCCCUCCCUGCCGCCGGGCCCUGAGGGACACCGCCAGCGGCCAUGAAGAUCUGGAGCUCGGAGCACGUGUUCGGGCAUCCCUGGGAUACUGUGAUCAAAGCUGCUAUGAGGAAGUACCCCAACCCCAUGAAUCCGUGUGUGGUAGGAGUAGAUGUCCUCGAUAGGAGCCUGGAUAACCAGGGGAGGCUGCACAGUCACCGCCUUCUCAGCACGGAGUGGGGAUUGCCCAGUAUUGUCAAAGCGAUAUUAGGAACAAGUAGAACUCUGACUUACAUAGAGGAGCGUUCUGUAGUAGAUCCAGUGGAAAAGAAGAUGGAGCUUUGCUCAACUAAUAUUACACUCACAAACUUGGUGUCUGUUGACGAGAGACUGGUUUACACACCUCAUCCAGAAAACCCGGAAAAGACUGUGCUAACCCAAGAAGCAAUUAUUACUGUUAAAGGCAUUAGCCUGAGCAGUUAUCUGGAAAGCUUGAUGGCAAAUACAAUAUCAUCUAAUGCCAGAAAGGGGUGGGAUGCAAUUGAGUGGAUAAUUCAAAAUUCUGAAAGCGCUCUAAGCUAGCAGUUCUCCACACCUGCAGUUUGUACUAACUAGUGGUAAUGCCAGCAUUCUUCUUCUUGGAACAGCAUUUCAGCUUUCUAGCGAAUAUCUGCAUGGACUGUUGUCGCGUGGAUUUCAUAAAUUACCCUGCAUGCCUGUUUCACACACCUUGCAUACAGGAAUGGCAGACCUGUUCCUUGCACUGCAGUUGUGGAGGGUCCAGGCUGGAUCCAUGAACCCGUGCUUGUGCCACUGGGCAGCCAACAUGCUGCAGCCAUGUCUUGUGGCUUGAAGACUGGAGACAACUAGGGAUGUGAGGAGUCCCUCCACUGAGUGUUUGAUCUGGUCCUAGUUUCUGUGAUUUCAGUAUAUAAAGCUGGUACCUAAAGAAAUUAAUAAUUUGGCUCAUGAGUGGAAUUGGCUUUAUAAAAAUGAAACAGAACUGUGUUCUUGGGAUAUAAAAUUGAUUUCUUGAAACAGGUUGCCUAACGGGUUAAUGCGUAGCAUUAACUGUAGCAGAAUUGUAUUUGCUUUUCUUCUGCCUGAGGAAUAGUGUUGCCCUUCUGAGGAAACCUGUGCAAAGCUUGAAGCUGUCGGGUUGCCAGACUGUUCCUGUUUUUCAUUGAUCUUGUAGUUAUAUUCAAUUUGGUAGUGACACGUCCCUGCAGUUAUAUAGCUAUGAACAAAUCUGAGUUCAGGGUUGAGAGAAAUGAGUGUAUUUGCCUCUAUGAGGCCUCUGUGCAGGUUGUUUUUCUUCCACUAGUCAGUGUAGCCUGUCCCUGUCAUUCCUGUAUUGGCUUCUGCUUCAACCAAUAAGAUUUCUUAAAAAGAAAAAAUUCCAUUUUGCUGCUUCUCCUAGUCAAGAAAGUUGGGCUUUUUACACUGCUUACUUUGAGAUCCAUGUAUGCCAUGAGUGUUUGCUUUUACGUUCUCAUUCCACUAAGCUUUUAUGGCUGUUUUUCUGGAAAAUGUCAACUACAAGGCUCAGCACUUAUCAGUCAUUAAGCUCUACCAACAAAUCUUCAUAUGCAGCGCUUGUCCUGCCAGCCACGUCAUGCUGCUGACACCUGCAAUAAUGAAUAACACAACGUGCAUGCCUGGGGAUGAGUGUGCUUGCUUAAUGACUGACUGCAGAACUUGUUGCACAGUAUGACACUUUAUAGACAGUCCUCUGUCAGAUUUUUUCUGAAAACUGGGUAGUUUCGUGGCACUUGGAGGCUUUGCAUCUGGUUGAGAUUUCUAACUUAAUUUCCUGUGCAGAAUGUUCCUAAAGUCAUCCUUACCAAAAUCAUGAGCUUAUUCUUGGCUGCAAAAUAUGGCAUAUAGUGUAUGCUAGUCUAAGGAGAUAUACACAGACCUAUGUACUCUCAAAAACUGCAGAAAAUAUCUUGGUGCUCCAGUUGAAUGUCAUGGAUUAUUUGAAUCAAUUUAUCUCAUCCACAAGGACAUCAAGUGAGACACAAUGAUGUGAUUAUUUCAAGUCAGGGCCUGAAAAGAAUCUCAGUGUUUUUUUACUGAUUGUUUUCUAUGGCCCAAGUGCUUUACUUUCUGACAAGUCUUCUUUGAGCAAUAUAACAAAUGUAACAUUCAAGCUGUUGCUGUCUCAGUUCUGUGUGCCUGUGUCACCUCAGAGAGGAUAUUUAAACUUGACUUUUAAAGGUCCAAAUGCCUGCUUACUGAAAGAUGAUUCCCCCUCCCUGCCCCCCACUUCUUCCUUAGUGAGCACUCAUCUCUGUUAAUUCAUGGCUGGUUACAACUUGUUGCUGUGCAGUAGCUUGCCCGUGUCUGGGUGCUUUUAUUUGUGCUUUGCUGGCGUUCCCAGGUCUUGCACAGCCUGUGGAGAAGUUGGAAAUUACUCCCUGCUGAAGAAUAGUCACUCUGGUGCUCAAAUGGAAGGAGCUCAGAAGUUAAAUAAUCCCUUCUAAGGUCUUUUAUCUGCAACCUGUACUUAAAGUGGACAAUUUCAAUCAGGCUUUCUUGAAUAUUAUAAAUAUCUUUUAAAGACAUCUCUUCAACUAAUUAACUUAGACAUCCUAGUUUUUGAGGUUGUUUGGAGUGGAGCUUAAUCUCCUUUUCUGAGCCUUGACCAAGAGCUGAACACUUUAUUGUGAUGACUGGAUGACUUUUCUCAGUUUAAGGACUGCCUGCCAAUGCAGAAGUAGCAAUUAGUGUUUAUUCUGUGAGUCCCUGGAAUAUGGAAAACCCGAAGAGAAACUGAGUCAGCCCUUCACUGACCUUAGUGAGUCAUCUCAAGGGAGUCUUGAGUUAACUGUGCUCCUAUUCACAGUGACACUUUAUUUCUUUUAAUAUGUUACACUUUGCACUCUGGAUCUGGGCUUUUCAUAUUAUUCCAGACUGAUGUUUCCAGCCUGGCAAAAAAUCCUUGAAAAGUGUGUGAGCUUUCUUCUGACAUUCUUUUUUCCUUAGGUUUUCGAAGCUGCUUAUGCAGAUUCUUGUUCAUGCUUAGUAGUCUGUAAAGGACAGCAGCAGGUUCUGGACGCUGUGAUGUUUCUGUGCACUUUAUCACCUUUAAGGAAUUCAACAAAAUUAGCAGAGUUGGAACAAACCUGUGCAGAGGAGGCUGUGCUUGUCCUUUCUGUCAAUGUCUGCAGAAGGCUUGAACACUGACAAUGGCUCUCCUGAGCAUUUAUGACUUUUUGGGCUCAAACCUUUAUCUCCAGAAUUCUUAACUUGGCCAUGUUUAUUCUCUCUUCACUGCUCUUCACUGUUUGUAUUUCUUAUUCUUAGCAGAGUAAUAGAGGUGAAUGUCUCUUGACUUCUCUCUAAGUGAAAAAAGGCCAGGUGUUCUCCUGGUCUGAUCCCAUCUGGUUGCUUUGACAAAAGCUGCUAUUCUGAGCUUGCAGAGUUCUAAAAUCUUGACUUUUGUUUAGUUAAAGUCUUUCUCUUUCUUGACUUCAUUGUGGUGCUGGCUGCAUCUUGUGGUCAUUGGGGUGCAGCUGCUACAGAGUCUUCUUCAGGUAAAGGUUUUUGCCAGGCUUAUUGCCCUGGGUUCUCCAGUUCUUACUGAAGCACCGGCUGUCAGUUCUGAGACUGAGACAUUCCCAUACC